AUACAUCCACCUUUCUCGACGACGACGAGCACGGUCUGUACGUCGAGCGACUCUCUGAUUUCAUCUGUUUUUAUCGUGCGGCCCUCUGUAAACACCAGUAUUUGAAGCAUGACUAACGUACCCUCAGGGUCAAAGCGUCCGUGGGAUGGCAGCCCAGAGCUCUCGCACAAGCGGCCUCGUUCGGGGUCGCGCGGAUGGCGGGACGCGCACCUGGGUUCGCCGCGCGGGAAACCUCCGGCAGAUAGGAGGGACAGCGCAGACAGGCGGAAGGGAGACUACGGAGUGGGGAGCAGAGAUCACGAACGGAGGUCGGGGGACUAUUCGAGGGAUAGGCGCGAUGGCAGGCACCACGACCGGGAAAGGAGCAGAGACCACCAUCACCGGCGGCACGACAGCCGUAGGGAAGAGUUGAAGCGGGAAGCUGGAAGGCACGGCUUCCCUCGUCAACACCCGAACGGUAACGGUACUGCUCGGCCUGAAGAGUCGGAGAAGGAGGAAGGAGAGAUCUCGCCCCAUCAUAGUCCUACCCCUCCAGAACGACGGUCGCGGCCUUCGCAUGCAGCUGAAACAUCAUCCCCACAUAUUGCGUCAGCACCAGCGCCCGAACCUGAACAAGAGCUGGACUUGGCUACUCCGCCACCGAUCGAAGAAACUCUAGCCGCACGCCGAGCCAAACGUCAGGCCAUCCUUGCCAAGUACGCUGGCUCCAUCAAUACUGCCCCGACUGCGACGCCUUCCCCGGAACCUAGCAGUGCGGCCGAACCGCCUACUGCUACUUCUGCUGUUUCUGAUCAUACGUCAUCCCGAUUACAGAGUGUCGCAGUCACGCCUCCUCCCUCUGUCACCCCGGGAGCAUCGGUGACCCCAGAUGGUAAGCUGACGCCGCCGAAAAU